AAAAUUCAAGUUUUCUGUAACAGUACUUUGUUCAACUUAAUUGAAUUGAUUUCUGCUCUAUUGCAUACCCCUCAAUCCUUUCUUCUUCUUACCCUUUUAAUUCAGCAAACAUCUCUACUAUUAAUUUCGGUUGAAAAUGAAAAUCUGGCAUACAAUUUCUUAUUCAUUUGCAGAAUGGAAAAUCAUUCUUCUGCACAGAAUUUCUAGCAAAACCCAAGUUUAAUAUCUCUAGGGUGGUGCUAAGCUUUGUACCCAAAGAUUUCUGUGUUCCUAAUUUUAGCUAUAUGAUCAAAUACAGGAAAGGAUAGAGAACAGCUAAGGUCAGAACUUGGAGUUGCCACUCGCCUUACUUUUGCAAGCACCCACGAUGUUCGAGUCCUUAAUUUCUGCAAUUGUUUCACUAAGCUUCUUACUGUUCUUCUCUGGCUCCACUGUAGCUGAUCUGGACUCUGAUAGACAAGCUCUCUUAGAGUUUGCUUCUAGUGUCCCGCAUGCCCGAAGACUCAACUGGAAUGAUUCUUCUUCAAUUUGCACCUCAUGGGUGGGUGUGACUUGUAACUCAGAUGAAACUCGGGUCAUUGCUAUCCAUCUUCCAGGAAUUGGCCUCAAAGGUCACAUUCCAGAGAACAGCAUAGGGAAACUAGACGCCCUUAUGGUCCUGAGCCUUCACACCAAUGGCCUUAAUGGGAAUCUUCCUGAAGACAUCCUCUCCAUUCCUUCACUCGAGUAUGUUCACCUCCAGCACAAUAACUUCAAGGGUCCAAUCCCUCUCUCUGUCUCUCCCAAACUCGUUGCACUUGAUAUUUCUUUCAACUCCUUCUCUGGCACUAUCCCACCUACAUUUGUCAAUCUCAGAAGACUUGCCUGGUUGUAUUUUCAAAACAAUUCCAUCUCUGGACAUAUCCCAGAUUUCAACCUCCCGAGGCUCAAAUUUCUCAAUUUAAGUUAUAACAACUUGAGUGGCUCAGUUCCAAAUUCCAUCCAAAAAUUCCCCCUCACUUCUUUUGUUGGGAACUCUUACUUAUGUGGGCCACCUCUGAAUCAUUGCUCUGCGAUUACCCCUUCUCGAUCACCUCCCUCUGGUUAUCCCUCGGUCACUCCAGCAAAUCCACAAAGUCAAAAGGCUACCAACUCAAAGAAAAGAUUUGGAUUGGCUUUCAUACUUGCUUUAGUUAUUGGGGGAUGUGCAUGCCUCGCUCUCCUAGUUUUGGUAAUCUCUUUGUGCUGUUGUAAGAAGAAAAACGGUCAAAGCAGAGGCAUACUGAAAGCAAAGGCAGCUUGUGCAGGAAAGAACGAGAUUUCGAAGAGUUUUGGAAGUGGAGUACAAGCGGCUGAGAAGAACAAGUUGUUCUUCUUUAGAGGUUGCUCUUAUACGUUUGACCUUGAGGAUUUGCUAAAGGCCUCAGCUGAAGUUCUUGGAAAGGGAAGUUAUGGAACAGCUUACAAGGCUGUUUUGGAGGAGGGAACAACGGUGGUGGUCAAGAGGCUGAGGGAGGUUGUGGUCGGAAAGAAGGAGUUUGAACAGCAGAUGGAUAUUGUAGGAAGAAUCGGAAGCCAUCCCAAUGUUAUGCCUCUUCAAGCUUAUUAUUAUUCUAAAGAUGAGAAACUUCUGGUUUGCAGCUUCAUGCCAGGCGGAAGCUUAUUUGCCUCAUUGCAUGGAAACAGGGGUGAAGGAAGAACUCCAUUAGACUGGGAUGCAAGAAUGAAGAUCUCACUUGGAGGUGCCAAGGGAAUAGCCUUCAUACACUCUGAAGGGGGUCCAAAAUUCACGCACGGCAACAUCAAGUCCACCAAUGUCCUCCUAACACAAGACCUCGAUUGCUGCAUCUCCGACGUCGGAUUGCCUCCUCUGAUGAACACUCCGGCAACCAUGUCCAGAUCCAACGGCUAUCGCGCUCCAGAAGUAACGGACGCCCGAAAAAUCACCCAUAAAUCCGAUGUCUACAGCUUCGGGGUGCUUCUCCUGGAAAUGCUGACGGGGAAAUGCCCAAUGAGAUACCCUGGCCAUGACGAGGUGGUGGAUCUCCCGAGGUGGGUGAGAUCCGUCGUUCGCGAGGAAUGGACGGCCGAGGUGUUCGACGAGGAGCUACUGAGAGGGCGAUAUGUGGAAGAGGAAAUGGUGCAGAUGCUUCAGAUUGCGCUGGCAUGCGUGGUGAAGGUGCCGGACAUGAGGCCUAGGAUGGACGAAAUUGUGAGAAUGAUGGAGGAGAUCAGGCAGCCGGAAUUGAAGAACCGGCCUUCCUCCGAGUCCGAGUCCAAUUUACAGACACCUUGAAUGUUGCUUGAACAACGAGCUAGAGGUGGGGAGAGUGUGAGAGAGAGAGCAUUUUCAUCGUGUUGGGAACAAUUGUGAGCUACGAUUCAUGAUAGGUAUUCUGCGUCUUUACUUCAAGCAAUAAGAAUUGCAGUGUAAUAAAAGUGUCUAGUCCUGCCUUGUGGAA